AUACUAUUUGCAUCUCACUCACUCGGAUUCCUAACCUAGGAAUUGACGUGUCAAAAUGUUUGUAUGUUAGUGACAGCAGCGAGAUUAUUUCUCCUAAAAUCUUUUUACGCUUUUACCGUGAUGAUAAACCACAAAGAUGAAUAGCUUAGGUUUAAGCUUGAUUUUUAGAAUGGGCUGUAUUUGUGCUAAAGAGACUGUUACAGUAAACUCGAGAAAGUAUACCAUCCGCGAACAUCUUGGAGAAGGUGGAUUUAGCACAGUACUUUUGGCGGAAGAUGCCGUGACGCACAAGAAAUAUGCUAUUAAGAAAAUCAUCUGUCAUGGACCAGAGGAUCAGCAACUGGCGAUAAAAGAAGUGGAAUAUUACAGCCUGAUAAAGCAUCCUAACGUUAUAAAAUGCAUAGAUUCGGCUCGUGAGGGCGCAGCUGAUCCAAUUGUUAAUACAACAAGUGAAGUGUUAAUUGUUUUACCGUAUUAUCACAGAGGAACACUAGCGGAUGAAUUAGAACUACGAGCAAAGGAUAACGAUUACAUGAGCCCUAUAGAUAUACUAAAUAUUUUUCUACAAAUUUGUGAAGGUGUGAAAGCAUUUCACGAGGCUAAGCCUGAACCUCUUGCACAUAGAGAUCUAAAAACUGCAAAUAUAGUACUUAGUGAUGAUGGGGCACCUGUAAUUAUGGACCUGGGUUCAGUAACAACUGCCAGAGUUCAAGUGUGUGGUACACAAGCUGCACGAACUUUGCAAGACUUAGCAGCUGAGAGGUGCUCUAUGCCGUAUAAGGCACCAGAAUUAUUCAACGUUGAAAGUUAUUGUAUGGUUGAUGAACGGACAGAUAUCUGGUCGUUGGGUUGUAUAUUAUAUGCACUGUGUUACUUCAAAUCCCCUUUUGAUACAGUUUAUGAGCGAGGUGACAGUGUAGCUCUCGCUGUGAUGAGUGCUCAUGUGACAUUUCCAGAAGGUACUCCGUAUAAUGAGGAUAUGCAGAACUUGAUCCUCUCAAUGCUGAAGGUCAAUUCCAUGGAACGUCCAUAUAUAUACAGUGUAAUAGAGAGUGUACAUGAUACAAUAAUUAAAUUGGAAAAUAGAGCAUAAUUAUUGAAGACAUCAUGGUGUACAGUUCUGCGAUAAUUUAUAGCAAGCAGUAUAUAAGAGGAAAAAGUGACAACAUAUGAAAGAGACGCUGAAACAUCAGAUAUAAAUAUCUUAUUUAAAUGAUCAAUGAGUGCAGUUAUUGAAUCUUAGAAAUCUGUACGGAAGGAUAUCUUAGAUUAAAGUAGGAUGUUGCAUUUGUGAAAGAAAGUUGUUUCCAAUUUUACUGGAUUGAAAGAUAAAUUACAGAAUCACAAUUAAAUAUUUGCAAGAGCACUGAAAAUACUAAGGUACAUUCCUUGUAUAAUCAUCAAAUUGUAUAAAAAGAAUAAGUAAAAACGAUAUUUUAUAAUAUAUA